GUGGUUUCAGUUAAUUGUGAUGAGUUUUUUGGAGGACAUUGUUCUGUGCUGAGAUGAAUUAUACCAGUAUGGCUAACAACAGUACCGUCGUAUAUCCUAUGUGUAGUACUAAAAUUACAACAGGAAUUUAUCUCGACAAGGCAAAUGAUCAAGUGUUUCAAAGUAUAUUUCUACCAAGUUUCAUCUUUACGCUUUUUAUGUUUUUAAUUGGCGGACCUGGAAAUGCGCUAGUAUUUUAUAUUUAUUUUUCAAAAUGGCGUAAAACCACUGCCCGUAUAUUCAUUCUUGCUUUAGCUGGAUUUGACUUGAUGAAUUGUUUUUUUACAAUGCCAAUGGAAUUAACUGUAUUGCAUAACAUCAUAACAUUCGACCAUAAUCCAGUUUGCAAAAUUUUCCGUUAUAUCACCUUUAUGAUGAACCAUGGAUCGUCCGUGGUUUUGGCGGCAAUUGCUAUCGAUCGAUAUAUUCGAAUCUGUUAUCCUUUGAGACCACAACUGCGCCCACACCAUGCCAAGAAAGUUGUAAUUCUUGCGCUUAUAUUAUCGGUUACAUUUGCCUGGCCGGCUCUGUUCAUAUAUGGGUCACAGACUGUUCCCAUUCCUAUUCCAGGAAAAACACACAUGUGCAUCAUAGGGAAAACUUGCCUUUACGAAGAUAAAUUCAUACAAACGAGUUACCCACUGAUUUUCUCAUUAUCUCUACUAGUAGGCAAUGUGAUAAUCGAUUUGGCAAUGAUCAUUCUGUAUUCGAUGAUCGGAUACCAAGUUAUUCAACGGGGAACAUCAGUAAAUCCAACGCCAUUGAAAUAUAGGAAGGGUAGUACCUCUACAUUGUCCACAGAUGAUAACUGUCUAGGAGACAAGAGGACAGAAGAGCAAGAGCGGCUUGCCCGGAACAGCCCAGAAAAUGUACAGAACGAGAACAACGAGAAACAGGUUUAUUCUGUGUCAGAAAAAAAUACACAUAAGUUGACAAAACAAUCCAGUGCUUCGAUUAGACGUGACAUGUUUAGACAGAGGUCAUUGUCGAUAUCUAGCAUCGAAGCUCGAAAGUCACAAAUGUACAAAACGACAUUGAUGUUGUUCAUGGUUACAAUUGUAUUCAUGGGAUCGUUUGUUCCUUAUUGCGUCAUAGUUAUUAUUAGAGCUUUGGACAAAUCAUAUUACAACGAAUUGAGCACUGCUGGAAAGGCGGUUUACAACUUGUUCCUGAGAAACUACAUGCUGAGCAGUUCGCUCAAUCCAAUAAUUUAUUGUUUCUUGAGCAUUCAAUUCAGACAACAAUGCAAAGACCUAUUCAAGAGAAUCAAGAAGGCGCUGCACUAAACAUACUUGGACAAAUAAAGUUCUAUUUGUCAGAAUAUCUAAAGAAAAACAUGUGGUUGGCAACAAAUAAACACUUUUAAAGACACAUUUUUGUAAUUGUGGUAAAUUGUAAGUAAUUCUUGUACAAUGCAUACUUUGAAUUAAUUUUUUCCGUAAUUUCUAUGUUUAUGUGUGUGUACCUUUUGUUCGAAAUAUUUUAAAGGGAACUGUGACAGAAAUUGUCGAUGUAACCUUAAUGAAUAUAUAUUACAGUAGAACAAUAUUCCAUCAAGUUUAUAGUACUAUGAACCUUAAAUAUGAUAUAUUUGUAAACUCUGAAAAAUGUCAACUUUUAAAGUAAAUGGAGCUUCACUGUCAAGACUGAUGUAGACGAAACACGCGUCUGGUGUACCAAAUCGACCACGAUAAAUUCUUAAUCAACUGUGAGCAAAACUAAAUGCUUAUAGCAGAUGUGCCAAACACGAACAUACAAACAGACGUGUCAGCUGUUCCUGUUCCAGUAUAGCAUAGAAUCACUGAGAGUGAACAAAACUAAAUGGAAAACGAGAACAGACAGAACACGAAAAAACAAACAGACGUGUCAGCCGUUCCUGUUCCAGUAUUGCAUAGAAUCACUGAGAGUGAACAAAACUAAAUGGAAAACGAGAACAGACCGAACACGAAAAAACAAACAGACUCGUCAGCCGUUCCUGUUCCAGUAUGGCAAAGAAUCAUUGAGAAUUAACAAAACUAAAUGGAAAACGAGAACAGACCGAAUACGAAAAAACAACAUACUCGUCAGCCGUUCUUGUUCUAAUAUGGCAUAGUACCACUGAGAUUGAGUAAACUAAAUACAAAUACCAAACGGACUGAACACGAAUACACAAACAAACGUGUUAGCCGUUCCUGAUCCAUAUGGCAUAGAAUCACUGUGAUUCAGCAAAACUAAAUACACAAAAGCGAACAGAUUGAACACGAACACACAAACAGACGUGACAGCCGUUUAUGUUCAACUUAUAUCAUUUACUCACCGAAAGUAAACAAUUUUCAACAAAAUUCAUUCGAAAGACUG